AUCUUGUUUAUUGUCAUUGCUUCUUGCGUGCUCCACUUAUAUCUGAGACAACUGGAAGCAGAAAUGCUAAAAGAAUCCUUACUUCUUCUUGCGCUAUGUCUGGUCCUGCAGUCUCCUAUUGUUACCGGGCAAAGAUUUGGAUUUGGCUGGGCUCCUCGACCUUUUAUAAUACCAGCUCCUCGACCUUUUAUAAUACCAGUGCCUGCGAUGCGUCCAGUGUUUCCGCCUAAGGUGCCUCCAGUGUUACCGCCCAAGGUGGCUCCAGUGUUACCGCCUAAGGUGCCUCCAGUGUUACCACCCAUAGUUCCUCCAGUGCCCCCUCCUAAGGAAAAAACAGAUACAGUUGCUAAGGGAAAUCCAGUUCCCCAGCCUGUGAAAAGACCAGAUACACCUGCUAAGGAAAAUUCAGUUCUCCUGCCUGUGAAAAGACCAGAUACCCUUGGUAAGGAAAAUGCAGUUCUCCCGCCUGUGAAAAGACCAGAUCCACCUAAAGACCAAAAAGAGCCAUCAAAGGACAAAAAAGAGCCACCUAAGGACCAAAAAGAUCCAUCAAAGGACAAAAAAGAGCCACCUAAGGACCAAAAAGAUCCAUCAAAGGACAAAAAAGAGCCACCUAAGGACCAAAAAGAUCCACCAAAGGACAAAAAAAAGCCACCUAAGGACCAAAAAGAUCCACCAAAGGACAAAAAAGAUCCACAAAAGGACAAAAAAUAUCCACCAAAGCACAAAAUAGACAUACCUGAAAUAGAAAUACCUGACCUGGAAGACUUUUUUAACAUUGAAGGACCAGACCAGUCAGACAAGAAUUGCUUCUUUCUGCAUCACGUUUGGGAUGAUUGUUCCUGUCCGGUUAAUUGUGAGAAUUAUAAAACGCAUGACGCAAAGAACUGCAGCUGUAACCAGGGAUGUUUUUGCCAAGACCCAUACAUUUUUGAAUCUGGCAGCUCUGGACAUUGUGUUCUGCCCAGUCAGUGCUGAUUUUCAUCAUGGCAUACAAGUGCAAUACUUAUAGGUGGCACCACUAAUGAUUUAUAUGAAAUUUUUGAAAAAUAAAAAAUGAUCACUGAUGCACUAUGAUUUAUCAAAUAACCAUUACAAAAUCAUUUAAAAAUGGAAAAAGAAAAUUCAAUAUUCAACUCACGCCCUCAGAUCCUGUGUGUCAAGAUCAAUAAACCGCUAUAAAAUAA